AUGUCUUACGAGAAGAUGGAGGUGGUGAACCCGGCAGAGAAGGAAGCAAGUGAGGUGCUACAUUCUCUAUUAUCCGUGGAGCGUCGUAGCGUCGACAGCAAAGAAGCGAUCAUAGUUUCUAUCCCGUCCGACCAAAACGGUGGAGGAGAGUAUGGCGAAAGUGUCCAGUGGCACACUCCAGUCAUGGGGCAACACACUGUUUUUGAAUUGGGUAACUCACAAAAUAUGCAGCAACAUACUUACAAUGGACACCAAGAACAGGUUCUAUGGCAAGGUCAUACAAUACAGGUAGAAAAUGGAGAUGGUAAUAUACAGGGCAUACCAGGUGCAUACAGUAUAGAAUUUGAAGCAAAUGUUGAUGGGGACCCAGGAGACAUGGAAGUUGAUACAAAACCGAAAGUUGAGAAAAAAGCUGGAGCGAAAAAAAAGAAAAAGGUAGCAGAAUCAGACAGUGAUGAGGAUGUUUUUGAUAACAAAUUAGAAGAUAACCCAUCACAGGUAAAGGAAAGACUGAAACGAGGCUGUGAUUGCAAAGACAACUGCUAUAGAGGUCUUAAUCCAGAAGCUGUGUAUCGCCACAGACUAAAUAUUGCAGAAUUAACAAAAAGUGAACAUGACAUGUAUUUGAUGGGUAUCACAAUGGCAAGUUUGGCAAAUCCUGCUGAGACAUCUCGCCAUAAAGUCAGGAGGAGACUAAGAGCAUGUUAUGUAUAUCAAGGGAGAAAGGUUUGCUUAGAGGCUUUCUUAUACUUGGAGAAUGUUACACACUAUCAGCUCAAGCGGAUUAGGCAGCAUGUAAUGACGCACGGUGUUGCGCCGCGGAUUCAUGGUAACGUUGGUAAGAAGCCAUAUAACACAUUUACAUUAGAUAUUUACAAACAUGCAACUAAUUUCCUCAAGGAAUAUUUAAAACAACAUGCAAGUUCUCCAAAAGAUGUACAGCCAUCUGGUGAAGGAGGGAAGAAAACAAGCAAAACAGUUAUUAUACAAGGUGACUCCCGUAAGCACUUAUUUGAGGCAUACAAAGAAUAUGGUGAAAUUUUGGAACCUGGUGUAAAACUUAUGGGUUAUUCAACUUUCCGAGCAUUUAUGAAGGAUCAGUUCCCCCAUGUGAAGUUCGCGACGAAAAAGCAAGAUAUUCCAAAAGACAUGGUGCCUUUCCGCAGUGGUAAAUGUAUGUCAUAUGACAAAAACAAAGAUCCUGUGAGAAUACAACAAGAGAAGGAGAAAGCUGAGGCUAAAAAGGCAGCUUUGGAGGCAAAGAAAAAAGAAGAACAAGAAAGGGAACAACAGGCUCAGCAAGAAGCUCAACAACAGCAGCAGCAACAGCAGCAACAACAACAGCAGCAGCAGCAAGUACAGCAACAUCAACAACAGCAAGUACAACAAGUGCAGGUACAACAACACCAACAGAUGCAAAACCAGGGUCCUCAUGUUGUUAUACACCAGCAACCACAGCAACAACAGACAAUGCAACAGCAAAUGUUGGUGCCACAAGUGAGCCAACACCAACAAGUGUUGACUCAACAAGGUGUUCAGCAAGUUGCACAACAGCACUGCGUGCAACCUCUUGGAGUAUCGGAAGACAAUGGCCAACCAGUAGAAAUGGCGCAGCAAGUUAUACCUCUGGCAGUUGUCCAACAGCCUCAACAAGCAUACUUGGUUACACCCGUAUCUCACUUCCAAACACGUGUGCAAGGGGCAUGGUACAGGCAUUGA